CUGAAAAUCCCUCGGCUGCAGGCCCCAUGCACAUCCACGGGAGGGGGAGGGAGAUGAGGGGACUACGCAUGCGCAUAUGGACAGUGCCCAAUUUUGUGUAGGUGCUAGGGGCCGUUGAGGCUAUCCCGGAGGGAGGGGUUUCCAUUACAGGAGCCUGGCUCACGUGAUCCAGAGGAGCGGGUGCCUUGUUUGAAUCCCCAGCUCAGAGAAGCGGGUGCGCGCUGUAGCGCGCGGGAAGAGCAGGUGAGUGAUCCGUGCAACGGACCCAGCACGAGGGGACGGAAGUGGAGCAGCCUCAGUGCCUCUUACUGACCGUUCUCUCCCCUCCCCGCGAUGCUGGGUACAUGUGGCAUGCAACGAUGUCACCAAGAGGUUCUAAAGAAGAACAGGGUGUCACUGGCAAAGCAGCUGGUGUUGAAGGAAUUGCUGGAGCAUCUUAUAGAGAAGGACGUUAUCACCAUAGAAAUGAUGGAAACUAUACAGGCUAAGGCUGGGAGCUUCAGCCAAAAUGUAGAGUUACUCAAUCUGCUGCCCAAGAGGGGCCCCACAGCCUUCUCAGCCUUCUGUGAAGCUCUGCGAGAAACCAAACAGCAGCACCUGGAGGAAAUGCUCUUGAAUGCCAUACCCAGCCUGAGCAAUGGGAUUUCAAGGCUGGGCCAAGGUUACGAGUCAAGUGUCCCGUUCCCAGUUCGUGAAUCCUGCUUCUCACCAAAGAGACCAUGCCGGAUUCGUGAGCUGAUGGAGCAUUCCUUGGAUAAUGGAGAUGGUCCUCCUUACGUUCCGGUGAAGCCAUGCACCCCAGAAUUCUAUUAUGCUCACCAGCGCUUGUCAUAUAAGUUGAUAUCACAGCCCCGGGGCCUGGCACUUGUGCUCAGCAACAUGCAUUUCAGCAGUGAGAAGGACCUGGAGUUCCGUUCAGGUGGAGAUGUGGAUUACACUGCUCUGGAGAUGCUUUUCAAGCACCUUGGCUACAGGGUGACUGUCCUGCACGAUCAAACUGUGCCGGAGAUGCAGGAGGCAUUGCAGAUGUUCUCUCAGCUGCCAGCUCACCGAGAUGUGGAUUCCUGCAUUGUGGCCCUACUCUCGCAUGGCAUCGAGGGUGGGAUCUAUGGAGUUGAUGGAAAGUUACUGCAGUUGCAGGAGAUUUUCAGGCUCUUUGAUAAUGCAAACUGCCCAAAUCUCCAGAACAAGCCCAAAAUGUUCUUUAUUCAGGCCUGUCGUGGAGAUGAGACAGACCGGGGAGUGGAUCAGAGGGAUGGGAAAGAGCGCUCUGACUCUCCAGGCUGCGAGGAGAGUGAUGCCAACAAAGAGGAGAAUCCCAGGCUGCGUUUGCCCACACGUUCUGAUAUGAUCUGUGGCUAUGCCUGUCUGAAAGGCACAGCAGCCAUGAGGAAUACCAAGCGUGGAUCCUGGUAUAUUGAGGCUCUCACCUCUGUGUUUGCCGAGGAUUCUCAAAACAUGCAUGUGGCUGACAUGUUGGUGAAGGUGAAUAGACUGAUCAAGCAGCGAGAAGGCUAUGCCCCUGGCACAGAGUUCCACCGAUGUAAGGAGAUGUCAGAAUACUGUAGCACACUCUGCCAAGACCUUUAUCUGUUCCCUGGCUAUGUUCCUAGGAACUAACCCUGCUGUUCUUGCUCUGAUGGAUGUUCUGACAAAGCUUUAAUGUGGACAGCCACACCUUUACUGCUGUCAGUCUGGGCAUCUGACAGUGCAGCCCACAACAGGAAGUGUCCCUUCAAGAUUGGGUGUUCUUCCUGCUUGUGUGACUUUCGCUAACUCCUCUCUGUCUUGGAGAAUCUCGCAACUGUUGGUGACCCCCAACUCAGUUCAAGGUUUAAAAUCUUAAUGUUCCACUGGAUUGUCUCACUUUUAGCUGCUGGACCAGGGGGAAUCAAUGGGGGAAUCAGGGCAAUGGUGGCAGCACCUUUUGAAUGAAAGGAGACCUGUGGGCAUUGGUAGCCAGGAAUGUGAAAUCAGAAUCGGCCUUUCCUUUUUAAAUUUUGGAAAACUUGGGUCUGUUUCUGUCAGGGUUCCCUCCCCACUCUGAAUGUGGAACUCCAAGUGGUCCUUUCCCUGAUUCUUUGCCGCCACCACCAAGUGAUUUAACAGUAUACCCUCCAAGGGCAAAGAAUUUGUGCCUUGGGGAAGUUUUAACCUAAACUGGUAGAAAUAAGCUUAGGGGGUCUCUUAUUUCUAAAUUUUUUUUUUAUACUGCUUAACUUGUUAUGACUUUUUAAGAAGUUCUCUGCCUGGUUUCCCAAGCAGCAGGGUCUACAACUGUGAAGGACAGGAAGGGAUGCCCCUCCCUGAAGUCAGGAGAGACCUUCCUCCCAGUAAAACAGAAUCUCUCACCACUGAAAGUCCAUGGUGAAGGUUUUCUCUUCAUUUCCAGUAUAUACCCAAAUUUGACACACUCAUCUGAUUUGGUUUGGUUUUUGUGUUUUUUGUUUUGUGUGUUUUUUUUUUUAAAGUCGUGAUAUUUUGCCUGUGUUUUCUGUAGCCAUAGGAGAAUUUCAGAUUAGCUGGAAAAGACAUUGUGUUGAGAUCUAGCUCUGAAAGCAAAGGUAUGUUUUUAUUUUAGAAGUCUAAUUCUGUCUUGGAAAUAUUUUGAAUCUGGGAACUCCAGGCUUGUUUCCCUCAUGAGUUCCAAAUGUGAGUUAGUACACAGUUUUUGUAACAUCCACAUCUAGUUGCUGUGGUUUUCUGACCAUUUAAAUACUUCAGCAGGCUUCUGAUGAGUCUAUAAACUGUACCAGGCUUGUGGAUUCCUUGUCUUUUUUGUUUAAGUAACGUAUAAAUCUUUUUCCUUGCAAAGAGCCUGUCACUGUUUCUUCAUCACAGUGAUUUUCUUUCCUUUUAAAGUUUCUUUUAAAAAAAAAAAAAGGGGGGGGGGGUUUGCAGAAUUCAGCUUCACUCCUCCCCUCCCCCAUAACUUUUGCUUCCCCCAACUAUGGGCAGAUAGAGAUCUUUGCUUGUCCACUGUUCAGUGCCACCACACAGGGCCAGUCAGAGAGAAGAGAUGGAGUAGGACACUCCAUCUGUUGGAAUCUACCUAUGCGUUCUCUUUUCCAGUACUGUAAUUGUCUCCCACUUCAGGACCUGCCCUGGGGUGUGAUCAGGGAGAUAGAGGGCGUUUCUGCACCCUCCCUUUGUUGUCCUCUUGUGUGUUUCAUGGCAGCCAAAGCCCAGGAGUGCUGGAUUAAGGUCUGAAUUCCUGAGCCUACUUUUUCCCUACUCCAUGGCAGUGUGUUAGCAGCUCUCUCACUUGGAUUACUCUGUGUGUCUCCUUUUGCCAGGAUCUUUCUUAUUUUAAAAAAAUAUUGUAGGGUUUUUUUUAUAUUUCCGGAGGAAGGCCAGAAGGCUAGGUGUCUGCUUCCUUCUUGCCCUGCCCAGCAGAUAUGAAGGUCAUAUUCUUCCAGUUAAAAGGUGUGCUGCACGGUUAUACGUCCUACAUACAGCAACUGAGGAGCAGAAUACCAGUGACCAUGUCUGCCAGCUGGCACCUUACCCUGGAGCUCAAGAUAGCAACUCAAGGGGUAUUUCCUCUCUAGAUGAGAAGUUUUUCUCGGAGUGCUCCUUCCUCGGCAGGAAUGCAUGUCAGUGCGGCAUCUCCUCUCUGUUUGGUGAAGGGAACUCCAGUAGAGCUACACCAGGUCUCAAUGUCACUGCCACUUUCAUAUAUACUUUUUUUAUAUGCCUGUAUGUACUACCUCUGGAUGCCAAAAUACAGAGUUCAUGUUUGGUUA